UUAUCCUGGAAGAAUCUGAUCUGAAACGGUUUAGUCCGGGGCUGGGUGGUGCUGAGAUUCGUAGCCAAGAGCCGUCGCGCCGUCUAAAAAAUGGACUUUCGCGGUAAAAAGUACGAACGGGGAAGCGACUGGUCCGAUCCAGAGGUGGCAGAAUUGUUGCACCUGUGGGCGGACGAUUCCGUCCAAAUUGAGCUGGAGAGUUGUCUGAGAAAUCAGCACGUCUUCAAUCGGAUUGCGGAGGUUUUGCGAGAGAAAGGAAUCCUCCGCACCGGGGACGAAUGUAGGGAGAAAAUUAAGAAGAUGAAGUUGGACUAUCGGCGCAUCAAGGACAAUCAAAAGACCGUGCGCGGAGGGCGGACGUGGAAGUUUUAUGAAGUCAUGGAUCGGGUUUUGAAUAACCGUCCGCCUGUUUCCUACUCUUCCCUGGGGGGGACUGUCACAGCCCACCAAGUGCUUCAAGGAACACCCGCUUCGGACGCGUUCCUCCUGCACAACAUCCCAGCAGCUGCGUUCAGUUCUCCGUCCUCGGGUUCUCUCCUGUUCGGACACCCGCCCAAGCCGGGAGAUCUACUGGAGAUCAAACGUGAGGACGUUGACUCUGACAACGGGCUGCUGAACUCCGACCCGCAGCCGCCCGAGCUGCUGUACCAGAUCGAGCCGGACGCUGACAGUAAAUCUCUGGGUCUCGACCAGGAGGAUUUGGCGGAGAUGGGACGCGGAGAAGGGGUAGCGAACGCCCGCUUCUCCCCCUCAGUGGUCUUUGACCCUUCUUUUCCAGGGUUCAGCGAUCAAAACAUGCCCGUCGGCUCCGCCUCCUCCCCCUCCUGUCCGCUUGGCUCCGCCCCAAAGCCCGCCCGGCCUCCAGGCCCGGCCGAACCCGAGCGCGACCCCCCAGCGCCCCCAGACAGUGCCUGCCUGUCCUCCCGGGGGCAUCGCAUGUGCCAGCACCAGGGCAUGCUGCAGGAGGGCUUCCUCCUGUACCAGAAGGACAAGCACCACUUCACCAGCAACCGCAACGGAAUCGUCAAUUUGGGAACCAGUGAGAACAAGCUGUGUUACGACCUGCUGUCGAAACGGCUGAUGCAGGCAGACAUGCUCCACAUGGAUCCUGCUCUCCUGGAGUACCCUGACCGGAAAGGCCAUUCCUUCCUGAGAGAGGAAGUGGCCAGUUUCCUGACUGAGUACUGCAAGGCCCCUAGUCCACUGGAGCCAGAGAAUGUUGUGGUGAUGAGCGGCUGCAGUUCCUUGUUCUCCAGCAUCGCUGCGGUGACCUGUGAUCCUGGCGAUGCUAUUCUCGUCCCAACCCCCUUCUACGGGGCGAUCCGGGAGGACGUGGCGCUGUACAGUGGGGUGCGGCUCGUUCACUCUCACCUGGACUGCCAGCCCGGUGGUGGUGAUGACCGGCCUUUCCUGCUCACCGUGGAGAAACUAGAGAAGAGCAUGGAGCAGGCCAAGGCAGAGGGUGUGCGGGUCAGAGCCGUCAUCUUUGUGAACCCCCACAAUCCCCUGGGAGAAAUCUACUCCGCAGAGGAAAUGACAGCCUUUCUGGAGUUUGCCAAGCGGAACGCGCUGCAUGCCAUUGUUGAUGAGGUGUACAUGCUGUCUGUUUUCGAUGAGUCUGCCUCUUUCCGAAGCGUCCUCAGCUUCGACAGGUUGCCGGAUGUCCAACGGACGCAUGUGAUGUGGGGCAUGAGUAAGGACUUUGCAGCUGCAGGUCUGCGUAUGGGCGUGGUUUACUCUCAGAACCAGGACUUUGUGUUGGCGCUGACUCAGCUGGCGUUCUACCACGGCAUCCCGGGUCCCGCCCAGCACCAAGUGGCACAGCUGCUCCGGGAUAGGGACUGGGUGAGCCGGAAGUUCCUGCCCCAGAACCGCGCCCGCAUGGCGGCCGCUCAUCGCUACGUUUCGGGGGCGCUGCGGGGCCUGGGGAUCCCCUACCUGCACCGCCCCUCCGGGUUCUACAUCUGGGCCGACUUCCGCAAGGCGCUGUCGGAGCAGAGUUUCCUGGCGGAGAGGAAGUUGUGGCAGUGUUUCGUCAGGCACAAGGUCCUGGUGAGCCCAGGAGAGGCCUUCGCCUGUGCUAUGCCCGGGUGGUUCCGCAUCAUCUUCACCGACCAGGAGGAACGGCUUCAGCUGGGCAUGCAGAGACUGAGGAAGGCCCUGGAGGAGCUGGGGAGGGUGUCCGGUCAGGGGGCGGAGAACGGGGACGAGAAGGCGGGGCUCCAGAGCACAGCUGACGAGGCGGAGCCUAAACGGGACGGUCACGGCCCCCCUGCGGCCCCCCCCUCCGUCGCCACCUGCGCUGCCUCCUCAUUGGCUGAUGAGGAUUUCGUCACACUGGACCUCCAGGCCGCUCAGCCCGCCGCUGGCUCCGCCCUGGACUCUCUGAUUGGCACGCUGCGACAGCAGAUCCGCUCCCCCGAUUGGCUGGAGAAGAACACUCCGGAACUGUCCGCCGGGGAAGAUCCAGAACUCCUGGGGUCCCGAGACCUGCUGCAGCACGCCCACAAGUAGAGGCGGAGUCUUGGGGAGGGCCUUUCAACCGCCAUGUCCGCCUGAUCUAGACUUCGCCCCGGUCUGGAUUCCCCCCCGGUCUGGACUCCGCCCUGGUCUGGACUCCGCCCCGAUCUGGACCCACCCUGGUCUGGACUCCACCCUGGUCUGGACUCCGCCCCGAUCUGGACCCACCCUGGUCUGGACUCCGCCCUGGUCUGGAUUCCCCCCCGGUCUGGACUCCGCCCUGUCUGGACCCACCCUGGUCUGGACUUCGCCCUGGGUCUCUGGGUCCCUGGGAAACAGACUCCUGUGCUAUUCCUUUAUCAGGGUUUUAGAUGUUUUUUAUUUCUGUGGUUCUGUUCGGUAUCAGCCGUCCACCGCGCUCAGACCUGAUUGGCUGAAGCAGUUCUACUCUCACGCUGUGAAUUCUGACCCGGUUUUACCCCUUCCCUGAGUCCUCCGCGUACUGCGCGUGGACUGAGGGUUUUAAUUUUAUGCCCUUUACGUUUGUUACCCGUUGUUACCCGAGUUGCGAACGUGAUAAUAAAAUUUAAGAUGUCUGUUUCAAGAA